GGUGUAUUAUUUUGAGGUAGAAGACGCCGCACAUUCCUUGUCCUUGUACUUUUACUAAUAACGGUCACAAAUGUGUCAUCAUCAUCAUCAGUCAGAGUAGGUGUGGUCACAAUGAGCCAAGAUGGCCGACUUUGAGGAACCGCUGUCAGACGAGGAGAAGGUUCGCAUUGCAGCUAACUUUGUGACCCGUGCCCCCCCAGGAGAGUUCAACGAGGUCUUCAAUGAUGUGCGGCUUCUUCUCGACAAUGAUACCCUCCUCAGGGAGGGAGCAUCACACUCCUUUGCCCAGUACAACAUGGAUCAGUUCACACCCGCCAGACUUGAUGGCUUUGAAGACCCAGUUCUGAUUACAGAGCACGGUGACCUGGGUCAGGGGCGCUUCCUGGACCCUCGCAACAACUUGUCAUUCCGCUUUGACCACCUUAGGAAAGAAGUGAGCGACGUGCAGUCAUGUGAAGGCGAUGCGCCGCUCAAAGCCUGGAGAGAUUCCUGCGACCAUGCCCUUAAUGCCUACGUCAAAGAGCACUACCCUACUGGAGUCUGCACAGUAUAUGGAAAAACUGUUGAUGGGCAGCAAACGAUCAUAGCCUGCAUUGAGGGACAUCAGUUUCAACCCAAAAACUUCUGGAAUGGCCGCUGUAGGUCUGAGUGGAAACUUACUAUUGGCCAGUCUACUGCGCAGGUAGUGGGUGUGUUAAAAAUCCAAGUGCACUAUUAUGAAGAUGGAAAUGUGCAGCUGGUUAGUCACAAGGAGGUCGAGCAAUCAAUAUCAGUGACUAGUGAAAUUGAGACGGCCAAGGAAUUUGUUGACAUAAUUGAACAUGCUGAAAAUGACUACCAGAGUGCAAUCAGUGAGAACUACCAGGCCAUGUCUGACACAACCUUUAAGGCUCUACGUCGCCAGCUGCCUGUCACACGCACCAAAAUCGACUGGAAUAAAAUCCUAAGUUACAAAAUUGGCAAGGAGAUGCAGAAUGUCUAAGUGGAAGGUCAGGGACUGGCCAGGGAGAUUCUGGCUCCACUGGUCCUCCCUCAUCAUACCCACGGACCUACCAAAGCAAAAUGAUAUCAGUUUGGGGCAAGGAAUCAACUAAAGAAAUGCAGACUGUAAUAUAGACUGUAAUGUAUGUCUGAUUUUGAGAGAAGUGUACUAAGGAAGCUAGAUCAUCAUAGUUUGCAGUAAGUGGUUGUGAAUGUGUGGUGUGCGGGAGUUGUGUUGGGUCAGUGUACAGGGCUGCACUCUGGAUAUCUACAAAAUGCAAUCAGUUAUCUUAGAAAGAGAAUUUGGUCAAUUGUGUCGGAACAGCAUUUCGAUAUGGACCCGCAGUGUACACAAACGCAAGAUGUGAGAAACAAAGCACAUCAUUCAUGAAGAAAGUGCUUCAUUGUGGUUGACAUGAAUUUGGGAAUCUGUUGUGAGGUGAUUGACAUAUUUGUGAUGAUACACGAUUAAGUUGCUUUUGAGUUUUUCUAAAAAAAAAAAAAUCAUAGUACAGUAUUGGCAAUUGGAAGUAGCACAAUCCUUUGCAUAGCUCCUGCAAUGUAAACCACCUUGUAAAGUAUGUCUGCCAAACAAGAGAAUGUUUUUAAGUUGUACUCCGUGUGUCUUCGCCUUUGCAAACCAUAAUGACUGAAAGAAGACAAUGUGUGUAUGCUUCUCUAAACUGUAACGCUCUUGCAUUCGCAGCUUCACCGCCAUUGCUUUCCGUUUCCGUUACGAAAGGAAAACAUGAACCUUUUGCCAAAAUCUCUUUCCUAUGGUAAAGAACUCCACUCUCCCACCCACAAAUGCACAUUUCUAUUUUAAGAGAGUUUUCUUUUGGAGUCAUGAAAUAUUGUACUUUAAAAAGUUGUGUCGGUCAAUGCCAAGUGCACACAUCCGUUGCCAUGCAUAGCCAGACGUGAACGUCUAGGGUCACAUCAAACUGUAACUGUAUACCAAUACUUCAAAGCAGACUUUUUUGGAUGGAUGCUAUGUUUCACCAUCAGACUGCUACCAACUGUGUGUGCUGAAUAAUUAAGUGUUGCCUGUACUGCCCCAUUCUGUUGUAUGAAUUAAAGGACAGAAUAAUGUGAGUGA